AAAUAUUUCACAAAUUUGUAGACUUGCGCAGUAUAUGUUUGACGUCAUAUGUUACGUGACCGGAAGAAAUAUUUCACAAAUUUGUAGACUUGCGCAGUAUAUGUUUGACGUCAUAUGUUACGUGCACAUAAGAGCUAUUAUGUCUCUGUUUAUAUUGAUCUACUUCAACUAUAACAAACUUAUACAUGUUCUAAUUGUCCACCUCUGUCUUGCUAAACCACUUCUCAUGACAUAUAGGAAAAUAUUUUUUCGGAGUGACCUUUUUUUUAUUGUAAAAGCGGAAGUCGCCGCGUUGUCAAGUGUGAACUUCCGGGUUACGCGGCUAGCUCUAGCCUCCCCGACGAGCUGACAAAACUUAGUGACAAUGACGGCGUCGUUGUAAUUUUUUAUUGUUUUUUCCCACAAUGUUGAGCAUAUGGUUAUAUGUUUUUCUAGGUCAUUUUUGUGUUUUCGGAGCAGUUAAGGCAAUAAUUACCAGAGAAGAAAACAGCGAAGCACGCGCCGAGAUUGAUGCGCUUCAUUCCAUUCUGUCUGAUUUUGAGGUCCUUCCAGUGUCAGACCUCCAGCUACACUCUGUGAGAAAGAGGGACGUAAACACUCCGUCCCACCUAGAGCGUUUGGUCAUCUUCAGAGCCUUGCAAAGAUAUUUCAAGCUGUACUUAACCACCAACACAGACCUUUUCACAAAGAACUUUCAAGCCGUGUUUGUUGAUAAACUUGGAAGGGAGGAGAAUUACGAUGUUCAACGUCAGAACUAUUUCACAGGACACGUUGUCGGUGACGAGAACUCUCGUGUGCAGGCACACAUCGAUGGAGAGGAGUUUUCAGCUCACAUUUUAACUGAAGAAGCAGAGUACAAUGUAGAGCCCUUAUGGAGAUUUACAGACACCGUCGCCGAUGGCAGGCUGCUGGUGUAUCGCUCUGAAGACAUCAAGAAUCUAAGCCGCAUCGCCUCUCCUAAAGUGUGUGGUUACAUGCACGCAGACACCAACGACCUGCUGCCAGAGUUCACCAGAGCGGGUCGGGGCGAGCCUGAGGUGACAGACAAUACAAACGAUUUUCAUCCCCGAGAAAAGCGUCAGGUCCACGACCACAAGAAGAACACGUGCCCUCUUUUACUGGUUGCAGAUCACCGCUUCUUUAAACACAUGGGACGCGGACAAGAGAGCGUCACUCUCAACUAUCUGAUUGAGCUGAUUGAUCGAGUAGAUGACAUUUACCGAAACACAACCUGGGACGAUGAGUUUAUAGGCUAUGGUGUCCAAAUAAAUCAGAUGAUCAUUCACAAGGAGCCCACAAAACCCCCCCCGGGCCGCGCAGGUACUGGCUGGGUCCACUACAACAUGGAGAACAGUCCUGUGCGAGGAAAGGCGGUGUGGGAUGUAAAGAAGCUUCUGGAGCAAUUCAGCUCAGACAUUGCUGACAACGCCUCCACUGUGUGUCUGGCCCACCUCUUCACCUACCAGGAUUUUGACGAGGGCACCCUUGGUCUUGCAUACGUGGCUCCCUCCAAAGCUCAGGCCCUUGGCGGCCUCUGCCCAAAACCAUAUUAUCCAUCUUUGUCCGCUAAGAAGCCAACUUACCUCAACACCGGCUUGACCAGCACCAAGAAUUAUGGCAAAACCAUUUUAACAAAGGAGGCGGAUUUGGUCACCACUCAUGAGCUGGGUCAUAACUUUGGCGCAGAGCACGAUCCGGACAACAUUCCAUACUGUGCUCCCAGUGACGAUCAUGGGGGCAAGUUUGUCAUGUACCCAAUCGCUGUGAGCGGAGACCAUGUCAACAACAAGCGUUUCUCCAAAUGCAGCAAGAUCUCCAUCGGAAAGACGCUGCGCUUCAAGGCCCCUGUGUGCUUCAAGGAGAGGAACAGCAAGGUGUGCGGCAACUCCCGAGUGGAAGAAGGGGAGGAGUGCGACCCGGGCUUGCUCCACCUCAAUGACGACUCUUGCUGCUCGUCCAGCUGCAAUUUUAAGUUCGGUUCAGAGUGUAGUGACAGAAACAGCCCAUGCUGCAGGAACUGCAGGUUUGAGCAAGCUGGUACAAGAUGCCAAGAGCCCAUCAGUGCUACAUGUAAAGGCAUAUCCUCCUGCACCGGCAACAGCAGCCAGUGUCCACCCCCUGCAAAUGCCGCAGACAAUACGGUGUGCGUGGACAACGGCCGGUGCCUCAAUGGAGAGUGCAACCCGUUCUGUGAGGCAAUGCAGAACCUCCAAUCCUGUGCCUGCAAUGAAACCGAGGAUUCCUGUAAAGUCUGCUGCCGGGGAAAAGACGGCACCUGCUCGCCCUUCGUCUUGACGAAUGGCAGUUUCCUUUUCUUGCGCAAAGGAAAACCGUGCACUGUUGGCUUCUGUGUUGAGAACGGAAAAUGCAUGAAGCAGGUGCAGGAUGUGAUUGAGCGUCUCUGGGACUUUAUUGACAAACUGGACAUAAACACAUUUGGAAAGUUCCUGGCUGAUAACAUAGUGGGGUCGGUUGUCGUUUUCUCGCUCGUCUUCUGGAUUCCUCUGAGCAUUCUGGUUCACUGUGUGGACAAGAGACUUGACCAGCAGUAUGAAGAAAACACAAUGUCCCUCUACCGUCCUCUAAAUGUUCCAUUCAUGUUCAUCAAUCCCUCAAAACAAUCUACUGUAGCUCAAUUACACUCACCGGGCAUGAAUAGGGCUUGUAAAUAAAAACGUAAAUCUAGCUACACCUGAAAUUUUAUUGAAACCCAGUACAAGAGUUGUAUCUUUGGGUAAAGGUAAUCAAGUAUGUGCAAAUAAUAAAAAUAGUAAUAAUAGUAUUUAAAGGGGACCCAUAAUUAAUUUAGUCUUUCUGACUUAUGUUGUUAUAAUGUUGAAUACUUGCGUUAAAUAAUGCCAAAGCAUCACAUCAUGAAGUUCAUGCGUUUAGACGUGACUUUGGCGUAAAUGUAGAUUAAAAUAAUCAUAUGUCCACUUUGAUAUUGAGCAGGAGUAAAUUACGCCUUUUUAAUUGUGAAGGCAUACAAGGCAAGCAGUCUUGACCAAAUGAUUGUCACAAAAGCACUCCUCCACGUCAAAGUGGAUCUGGACAAUUCUCCAGCAGAUACUUUGCACAAUUUGAAGCAUAAUUAAUUCUGAUGUUGCCAACAAAGCAAAGGCAAAGCAAAGCAGAACACAUCACUUGAGCACAUUUUAAAGCCGGGAUGUGGCUAGCCAAUACUUUGCAUGAUAUGCUGCUUAUUAGUAUGCCUCCAAACUUUACUUAUUGUAUUUGUAAUUGUAUAGUAUGGAUGACUAGUUUGCAGUGGCCUCAAAUUCUACUUCAUACUUAGAGGCGUUUUAUAGAAGACAAAUGUAACAAACACCUAAAUACACCUCUUGUAUUGGGCUUUGCAGGUGUUCCUAAUGUUGCAGCUAGUUUGACACUGUAUUGUACCUAAGUUCCUGAAUAAACAUUUUUUAAUGAUUUAGCAUGAUUAAAUAUAAAAAUGUGGACAUGCCCUUGCUUAUUUUAACAUUGUCCUGAAGUGGGGACCUAGUCAGACAUGUUAAAGGGGAACUGCACUUUUUUUGGAAUUUUGCCUAUCAUUCACAAUCAUGAAAGACAUGACGACGGAUGGAUUUUUUUUAACGCAUUCUAAAUAUUAAAAGAACGUAAAUUAAAGUCUGCUUACAGCAGAGCCAAUGGGAGCUCCACUAUUUUGCCCAUAAAAUCCGAU